GUCUCUCUCCCUUUCCCUCUCCGUCUCUCUUCUUUGCGUGUGGCGGGGACCUCUCUCUCCCUCCAUUUGGAGCACCGGCGUCGCCGCCUCACCUCUCUCUCUUGUUGAGGGUGGCCGCCACCUUCUCUCGCUCGUUGAGUUGUUGCCGUCAUCUCUCUCCGGGAAAGCAAUCAUCGCUCAUUUGCGUAAACAGCUGAGCUCGAGCUGAGAAUCAGAUAGGAGAUCACGCGAGGCAAACUCUCUCGUAGUGGGUCCUUAUCUUUCACCGAUUUUGGAAAAAGCAAGGGAAAAGUUUGGAAAUUUAGGGGAAAUUGAAGAGAAAGAAAAUUGGAAGAUCAAUGGCUGAUUUUCAGACGUCUACCCAUCGAUCGAGGUGGAUUUUCUCUCCUGAAGACCUGGUCGAAAAGCAUGAGACUGCAAAUCAACGAGCUGCAAAAAUGCUGGAGCAGUACGGUACCACACGUCUGGAAGUUAGUGUUGAUGGAUCACUAUCCUAUCCUGAACCCAUCCAUGACCAAAGAGAGAAUGAAAGACAAUCCACUUCAAAGCCUCUUAGUUGUGAAGAAGAGCAACUUAUGCAAGUGUUUUAUGAACAAAAAAUUCAAGAAGUUUGCGGAGCAUUUAUGUUCCCUCACAAAAAUUCAGGUAUGGGCAUUAUGGCAACAGCUAUCAUAUACUUUAAAAGGUUUUAUUUGCAGUGGUCUGUGAUGGAGCAUCACCCUAAACACAUAAUGCUAACUUGCAUAUAUGCUUCCUGCAAAGUUGAAGAAAAUCAUGUGUCUGCUGAGGAACUUGGUAAAGGAAUCCAACAAGAUCAUAAGAUGAUUCUUAAUAAUGAGAUGCUUGUCCUUCAGAGCUUAGGAUUUGAUCUUAUUGUGUAUGCUCCUUAUCGUCCAAUCGAAGGCUUUGUUGCUGACAUGGAGGAAUUCUGCCAAUCAAGAAUUGAUGAACCAAGCAAGUUCAAGGAUCUCAUUGAAACAGCUAAAUCAGAGGUAGAUAAGAUCAUGCUGACUGAUGCACCUCUUCUUUUCCCUCCUGGCCAGCUCGCAUUGGCAGCUUUGUGCAGGUCGAAUGAGGUGCACAGGGUACUUGAUUUUUGUUAUUUAGAGGGCAUAUUCAAUCGGCAAUGCGCCAGCCAUAGCACUUUGGAGCUUACUGAAUCUCUGAAGGCUGUUGACUUUUUGGUUGAAAAACUGAAGAUCCCGACAGCAAAAGACAUGAGGCAUAUUGACCGGAAACUGAAGAACUGUUUGGAUCCAAGCUCUGUUGAUGAGAGCAAAAAGCGGGAAAAGCGCUCCAAGCACAAAUCUAAACGAACCGGAAGCGAGACCCACGGAGUACCUUCAGAAAUGUAAAUUUGCCGUAAAAAUGAGCUCAUGGCAACAAUUGGCUGUUGGCUUCCAUGCUUUCUGGUUUAAAUGUCCAAACAUGUUAUUCAAAAAUUUAUUAUAUAAAUAAACUUUGUGAAAUUUUAUUUAUCUUCACCAUAACUUUUGUGGAUUUUGCAUAUUAUCAAGUGCUGUUUCAUUUUAUA